GAGAGAGAGAGAGAGAGAGAGAGAGAGAGAGAGAGAGAGCAGUCGGGAUCCCAUUACAGUCCGACUGAGAGCUGCCGAGACGGCCGACAGCAUGGAAAAACAGCGCAUUAUACGGAAUUCUUUUUAAUAACGUGAAAAAGGACCCCAAAAAGCCUGACCAUUACGCACAGAUAUGGAGAGUGCUAUCACGCUGUGGCAGUUUCUGCUGCAGCUACUGCUGGACCAGAGCCAUAAGCACCUGAUUUGCUGGACGUCCAACGAUGGCGAGUUCAAGCUGCUCAAAUCGGAAGAAGUCGCCAAACUCUGGGGCCUGCGCAAGAACAAGACCAACAUGAACUACGACAAACUUAGCCGAGCACUACGCUACUACUAUGACAAGAACAUCAUAAAGAAGGUGAUUGGCCAGAAGUUUGUAUAUAAGUUUGUCUCGUUCCCUGAUAUUCUGAAGAUGGAUCCCCAAGCGGUGGAGCUCGGUCGGGAUGGGGGUCACGUUGCAGGGGGCGUCAUGUUGCAGGAGGUGGAGUCAGAUUGCGGUGAGGGGGAGAAGUCUCCGAAGCUGUCGCUGUCAUCGCUGAGAAGCCCCGCCUGCAGGAAUGAGUAUCUCCACUCUGGUCUGUACUCGUCAUUCACAGUCAGUUCCCUCCAAAGCCCGCCUCCGCUGCUGCGUCCAAUCAAAGUCGAGAAGCAGCGAUGGGGUGAACGAGGGGAGGAGGGACAAACGGUGAUUCGCUUUGUCACUAAUCGAUCAGAAAAGGUCGUUCCCCUGGCUUCCUCGCCGCCACCUGCAUCCACGGAGGUUUUCUUCACUUCAAAAACCUCCCCCUGCUCGUCCCGUAGCCCCUCCCCUUCUCAUAGCCUUGUCUACAUGCUGCGGCAAGAGCGGAGCCCAGGGGCUCGCAUAGACGAAUCAGAGCAGAGUGCUCAGCCUCUAAAUUUAUCAUCCGGUCACAGGGAGCGAGCCCAGAAUCAGGCCACGCCCCCCGAGAGGAGGACCGGUAGCAACGGACUGCCUCCCAAAGCUCGGAAACCCAAAGGGCUGGAAAUCUCCGCCCCUUCCAUACUGUUUUCAGGAAGUGACUUGGGCUCCAUCGCCCUCAACAGCCCAGCACUGCCCUCAGGGUCACUUACACCAGCCUUUUUUACUGCACAGACUCCCUCUGGUUUGCUGUUGACGCCCAGUCCUCUCCUGUCCUCCAUUCAUUUCUGGAGCAGCCUGAGUCCCGUAGCCCCUCUCAGCCCCGCCAGGCUACAGGGCCACGGGUCACUCUUUCAGUUCCCCACCCUGCUGAACGGGCCGCUGCCGGUACCCCUCCCCAACCUGGACUCCUCUUCAUCCUCCUCAUCCUCCUCCUCUCUCCUCCUGUCCUCCAGCGCCCAGAAAUCCUGAUUUCUGGACUCAUCACAUAUCCCCUCCCCAGAAUUAUAACUUUGCUAUUACACUAAGGCGGAAUUAUGGACCUUCAUGUCAUUUUUGAGCCAGACUGCACUUCACCCCCUUGUGGCCACCUAUACCUAUAGCGCCCUUCAGUUCUGUUGAAUUUUGGACCAGCAAACUGUGCGUUUUCUUCUUUAACUCGGCUGCAAUCCAAACAGCUCACCAAAAUUCCUCCGCAAGCUCUUAAAAUAGGGAAUUACCACGAGGGAAUGCCAAAGAACAUGAAGUGUCCUUUUGAGAAGAUGGUGAGUGAUUGGAAACGGAGCCUUAGAGAAGCUGUAUCCUGGAGAACAUGUUCAAGACUGGCCUUUUUGGCAAGUUGUUUUUCAUAAUCUCAAUUUCAGAUAGAGACAAACGAUGCUGGACGACGUAAAACACGUUCAAAACAGCGUAGACGUUCUGUACCUCCUCUAAAGGAAAACUUCAGCGUUCCCCUCCUGUUCUCCAUUCCUAAGGUGCUUCAACUGGAAAGAUCUCCCGUUUUGUCGACCAGUUCAGAAAGAGGAAACGUUUAAACCAUAUUAAAGGAAUCUCAUUAGCAUUUAAGUCUUUUUUAAUCUUUCCGAGGCUGUGAACCGGGUUUCUGUUCGUUUGUUGUUUGUCUGGUAUUGUAAUGUAUUGUAUAAUAUUGCGUUGUAUGCACUGUGCUUCAAAUACCGGCUGUGCCUUUUUUGUGAGUGUAAGAAUUGUGUAUUUGUAUUAUUUUCCUGCUUAAAUACGUUUUUGUAACAGACGAAAUUCCAUUUCAAUAUUGGAAAGAAAAGCUUUGUAAUAGCUUCGGUUUUAUUUUUCAUGAAUGAAUUGAUUAAAAAAUGUAUUCUCGUAUUGCUUUUAUAUUUUUUUGCUUUUCAAGAGUCAAUAAAAUGUGCCUUGUUUUUAAAAUAAAAAGCAUUGAAUGCGACGCAACGUUCUCGCGUCUGAACGAACACCUUGCAUUCGGGAAGAAAUGCACACAGACACACAAACAUAAUAAACAGACGACAGAGUUCGCUGUAUGAAACAGACCAUGUUUACUUCACUGAUUAAGAGAAAUAAAUAUCUGCACUACAAAGAGUCAAAGAACUGUGAGCGUCAGUGUUUCACGGAGGCGGAGCUUACAGGACAACACGCACUCCAUGCGUCACGUAUACACACACGCAAUCACGCACACACCCACGCACGCGUCUCCAGAAACAAUCGACUCCGAUUUGACAAUAUUAAUCAACAUCUGUCAGUUAAAAAAACAACAACAGUCAUCUAAAAUCUGAUAUCUUCUGCGUUCUUCAUGUUUAUAAAUGCUGGGAAAAAAUAAAUUGGUCCAAUGCUGCUGUCAAAAAGUUUUUCAUUAUUACUUUUUUCUUUUUAUACACACAAUAUCGUUUUCUCUUCUGAAUAAAAUCAAGCACAAAUGUGGAACAGUCGGACCCCAACAUGCCACAUUAAGAUACCAUUAUUCAAAGAAGGGUCAAUAUGUAACAUUUAAAAAAAAAAAAUAAAAAAAAAACUCUUAAUACUGUUAAUGAAACUAUCUUCAUAGCCAUCGCUUGCAUGGAGCAAAGGGCUCUCUGUACAGUUACAGCUCUCCAUUUUCACACAUACAACCUCACUUUCUCGCUCUUUUACAAGCGUCGCAUACACUCAGAAGCUACAGAGGAGCUCUAUUAAUAGAAGAAACUGGUUUUGAUGAUGCCUCAGGAGCUCUUAACGGUAAAAGAAAAAUUAAAAACACAUCUUGCAUACAAGCACUUCAGUUCCAAUAGGAUCGCUCUGAAUGAAUGCAAAAGGAGAGAUCCUUUUUUCAGUUCAAAACGGUGAGGUGGCAAAGUUCCUGCUGGUCCAGUGUUUGUUUUUUUUCCCACCCUCGUUUUGCGUCUUUCUGAAGCCCACCUGGUCGAGAUGGUCCCUGGUUUGCUUGACGUGGCCUUUGAGGAACAAAUCCACAUAUUUCUUGAAAUGAUAAGUUAAAAUUUGAGGUUUUGGAAUUAAUAUUUUGAGCGUCGCUCGGUUUGAAGCGCAAUCAUCAUGCCAGGAAAACCAAAAGCAAAUUCAAAACACACGUAUAGGCAUUACACCUCUGUAAAAUCACGACAAAGACAGCUGCGAUAUCAACAUUUUUCAACAGAAUUAUAAUCGUUCUUUUUAAACAAAACAAAAACGUGGGACUGAUGAGUCUGCAACAACUGGGAGGGUCACCCAAGAGUGAGGAAGUUACAUCAAGACAGUAGUCAAUUAGCAGCAAAACAACCCCUCUGUCAAUAAAUAUAUACGCGUUCACACUUUCGCACACCCUAAGCGUCACACGAGGGAAGGGGAAAGGGCAUCCAGACGAGGGGCCGAUGGGUGUUCUGGCUCAAGGCUGCAUGCUGGAUGGCGGGACACUGGGGGGGGGGACAGCGGGUUCGGCCUAUCCCCUUCACCACGCAUGCACACACGACAAUCACCCUCUCUCUGUGAGCGAGGGGGGGCUAAAUCUGUUAGUCUAUACAACACAGUCACGGAAUAAGCGCUGUCAAACUGAUCCGUCAAGUGUGUGUGUGUGUGUGUACUUGUGUGAGAGUGAUGAUGGGCAAGAGCAGGAGGGAACGCAGCU